UCUUUGCUUCUGAAUUCGAAAAGAGCCCCGCCUCUCUGCUGGGAGCUUUCUUCUCCUCUCUUUAGUCUGUUGGAAGCCGGGUUUGCUUGUUUGCUGUUGAUUUUGUUCAGUACUGUAGGUCAUGGAAUAUUUUUUACUCUUUCUCCUACAAAUAUCUCAGGGCAUCGGAGCUGCGAUUCGUCCUCUCCUCUCGGCGUUUGUCUCGGCCACGGAAGGAUCCCCAGCGAAAGGAGAACGCUGAGUCCCUCUUCGCUCAUGAGGGUUCCAGGGCUGCCGGACGGACACGCAAACCCGCUUUCACGCCCCAGAGCAUCAAGGGGGCAACAUGGCCGGAGCGAUGCCUCAGGAUUCGGUAACUUUUGAGGAAGUGGCCGUCUCUUUUUCUCGAGAGGAGUGGGCAUUGCUUACGGACUGGCAGAAGAACCUCUACAAAGAUGUGAUGAGGGACAACUACGAGAUGCUGAACUCGUUAGAUCUUGCUGCCCAUAAGCCUGAUAUCAUCUUAAGGAUUGAGCGGGGACAGGAGCCUUGUGUUGGGAGAUUGCAGCGUUCGAAGGCGAGGGAGAGGCCGAACCACGUCUUCUUGGAUGGUCAGAUCCAGAUUAAGAAGGAAUGCUGUUUUGAGGAAGAUCCAGCAGGACUGCCAGAUCUUGCUGCCCAUAAGCCUGAUAUCAUCUUAAGGAUUGAGCGGGGACAGGAGCCUUGUGUUGGGAGAUUGCAGCGUUCGAAGGCGAGGGAGAGGCCGAACCACGUCUUCUUGGAUGGUCAGAUCCAGAUUAAGAAGGAAUGCUGUUUUGAGGAAGAUCCAGCAGGACUGCCAGGCCAGGCCGUGUACCCAGAACCGCUAAAGGGGACCCUGAGCAAUGGGGCCGUCGGUCAGUUCUCCCCAUGGCCGGGAGGCCAGUUCAGCGCCAACCUUUGCAUGAACAGAAUGGCCGUUCUUCCCCCCUGGCCUAUGGAGCUCAGGUGGCCGAACUGCCCCAUGGUGGGCCAGCAGCCGGCACCCGGGGCCUUUCACGUGGGGCAUCCCAGGGUCACGAGGGACCGUUUCUGGCCUGUGGGUGUUGCUGGAUCCCAACCCGGUGCCCACGAGGAGAUGCUGCUCAUUUGCACCCAGUGUCAAAAAUGCUUCCCGGCCCCUUUAGCUCACGGUCUUUCCCCUGCCGCCCCCGCCCAAGAAGUGACGCAAGUCUGUCCCGAGUGCGAAACCAGAAACGUGAAGGCACCUUCUUCCGCUGGAGCCCAGCAGCAGAGCCCCACUGUGGCUCCGCCGUGCGCCUGCGCGCACUGCCUGGCUGCCCCAAGCAUCCGCCAGAGGGUCCCCAAAGAAGAGCGCCCCUACAAGUGUGGGAAGUGCGACAAGAGCUUCCGGUUUGCGCACGAGCACACCUGGCACCAGAAAGUGCACACUGGGGAGAAGAUCUACAAGUGCCCCGAGUGCGAGAAGGUCUUCCGCCACCGCCAGGAGCUGAUGUGGCACCAGCGGACUCACACCCCGGAGUGGCCCCAUAAGUGUGGGGCCUGCGAGAAGAGCUUCCGCUUCAAGCAGGAGCUGACGUGGCACCUGAAGACCCAUUCCGUGGAGCGUCCCUACAAGUGUCCCGAGUGCGAGAAGAGCUUCCGCUUCAAGCAGGAGUUCAUGUGGCACCAGAGAGCCCACAUCGGGGACCGGCCCUACAAGUGCCCCGAGUGCGAGAAGAGCUUCCGCUUCAAGCAGGAGUUUACCUGGCACCAGAGGAGCCACGCCAGUGAGAAGACGUACAAGUGCCCUGGCUGCGACAAGAGCUUCCGUUACAAGCAAGAGUUUGUCUGGCACCAGCGGAUCCACACGGGGGAGCAACCCUAUCCGUGCGCUUCCUGCGAUUCCACCUUCACCUGCCGGCAGGAAUACAUGCGCCACCAGCGCUUGCACGACGGCGAGAAGCCCUACCAGUGCCCGCACUGUGACAAAACUUUCCGCCGGGGCUCGACCCUGAUCAGGCACCGGCGCAUCCACACGGGCGAGGGGCCCUUCAAGUGUUCGCACUGCGACCGAACCUUCGGGCAGAGCGCGAACCUCAUCAAGCACCAGAGGAUGCACGCCGUGAAGCACGAGCCGGCGGAGAACGUGUCGGAGUGGCCGCCCUGCUUGCAGAACCCGGGGGGCCCCAUCCAGCAGGAGACGGUCAACGUGCUGAGCCUGAAAACCGUCUCCGUAGGGGCCCUUCUCUUGCUCAACCUGCAGGAACCCAAGCAGGAGAAAGACCUGGAUGGCCACGCACAAGCUUGGGAACCUCAGAUGUGAACCCUGCUAUGUUGCACCUUUGCUCAGAGAAGAGAUUCUAGCUUUGAAACAGGGGAUUGGGGUUGCCAGUUCGUCACCCAGCUAUUUAAGGCCGAUCCCCAAAUUCCAGGCAGGCAAAGCUCUACGAUCAAGGUGGCGUCCUCUAAAAGCACAGGGAUGAAAGCAGAUACCGAACGACAAGCCGAUUCUGCCCAUGUCCUUUCCUGCUUCGGAAAAUGGGUGGGUCUUGCUUGCUUCUGGCCCGCAAGCAGAAGGAACCCAGAGAAACACACACACACACAAACCUAAAACAAGUGGUUGUGUCUGUCUGUGUUCAGAGCUGCUCCCCAGCUGGUGGAAACAGAGGGGAAGAUAACUUUCUCGAACCUGGGAAAACUGCUUGCAGAUUUUCUCCUGCAGACAGUGCUGGAUUCGAUGUGUGGGUUCUUCUGGAUCUGAUUCAGAAAGGCACAUAUUUUUAAUUUUAUUGUUUACGUUACACUACGCUAGUUGCAUUAUAUGCUAUUGAGAAUCGGGGCACGUUCAAGCUUCAUUCAGUUGCUACUCUGUUCAGAUAGAUCUUCAUGGGACUCAGGCUAGGGAUUUAGGUAGGGUUGAAGAAUACAUCCAGUGUAGUGGGAUAUUUUUGUAACCUCAAAUUAUGCGCUUAGGUGGCCAAUAUCUGCUCUUGUGUCUUCAAGGACAUCGUAAACGUCUUCCUCGAGAGUAAGCAGACGAUCCUUAGCUUUCAGAACACGGCCAAACAGCCGGGAAAAACCUAGAACCACCAUCCUUAGCUUUCAUCAGGCUGGCUUCCCUUUCUAUCAUUUUGCAAGGCACUCCUUCUGGGUCAUCCUUUCUGUUCCCUCGAGAAUCAGCUUCCCAGGACCCAAAUCUGUCCUUGCAACUUGCUUCCUGAGCCUGCCCUCGCCUGCCGGAAAAUCUGGAGCUUCCUAGAAUUGCUUAUGGAAAAUGCAUUUUGUCCUGUAAUGAAUCCUGUAUUAUUUGCAGGUAUUCCCCCCAGUGGAAUCCAGAUGUUUCGACCUCACAUGGAACUCUUUCCUGCCCCCCCAACAAAUAUUCCUUUUUUGCACACACAGAAAAUCUCGUAAAGAUGAAAACACAGAAUGGCUGCCCUGUGUUUUUUCUUUUCUUUGUUAAAGUUCGGACCUAUCAACUUGACAGCCUCUCCCUCCAAGCAAAGCUGCAUCUUCGGGGAGGGCAGUGCUUCUGAACCGUGGUUUCCUGGGAGAUUUGCUCAGCUUGCCCCAUUGGUUUGGAAACCACAUCCAGCAUUUGAAGAUGGUGCUUGGUUUCCAACCUCCUUUUCUUGUCACAUUGACUCAGCCAGCUGCACCCCUUGGCUUGACUCUCCCAACCUCCCAAUAGUCAGAUUGAAGCUGCGUUGGUUUUUCUUUUGCUGCUGAAUCCUGUGACACCUCAUUUUUGGGAACGCACUGACCCGUGUUGUUUUGAGAAACGACCACUGGAGGAAGCUGGAAAUGUUAGCUUGUCUGCCCUUCACCCUUAUUCCUUCUGAGCGUUGACUUAGGGAGGUUGCAACUGGGAAUGUUGUCCAGGCCCUUGAGUGAUAUAAGUUGGUGCCCCAGCUCAUCAAAACAGGGUCCAGUUGCACGGGACCUUUUUCUGUCUCUGUCUCCCUAUGACGAAUGGGUGCUCCAAAGUUCAGGAAAAGGUGUGGACUGGAGAGCUUGAACAACCUAAUCUGAUGUUCUCCAGCUGCUGUUUUAAUAGCAGCGUGGUUGCAUGAAGCAGCGCUGAUGUAGCAAAUGUGGCCAAGGGAUAUUUACUUCUGCACAACGGGCAAAACAGUAACCUGGCUGAGCCACGUCUGUCCUGAAACCUUUGCUCUCUUGAAGGAAAUCUCGGUCCCACUUCUUUCUUUUCGGAUGUUAUUGUCUUGGCGUCAUCCUGCCUUUCUGUGAAACCCAGCCGAGUGCUAUUUUGUUACCGAAACAAAUAUUUUAAUCUCCGGCUGUGUUGAGAUAAUGUCUUAUGGAAUAUGCAAUUUUAUUUUUUUUUAAAGAGAAGACACGGAAUACAUAAAGCAGGGAGGUGGUUGUUCAGCCUGGUCUAUAGGCACCGUUUUUUUUUCUUCCUGGAAGGGAGCGACUGUCUUUAAAAGCUGCAAGAAUCCCAGAAAUGUAUUGCUAGGUUUCUCUCCAUGCAGGCAACUGCAAUUUGGAUGCCCAUGGCAUGGCUAUUAAAAGCCUAGCAUCCCCCUUUCGCGCUGAUCCCUCCUGCCCAGCCACGUAUACGUUGGCUGGAACCCGCUUCGUAAUUUACACUUAGUGCCAAUUUAUUUAAUUAUCUGGAACUCCGUAAAGCCUAGCUUUUGUGCCCCAUGUGUCUGGGGAAGGGGACUGUCAUCCAGAAAAGCUCACACUGAAAUAAACCUGUUCAUCUUUUAAAGUGCCGCAAGACUUCGGGGGGCGGGGGGCGUUCUUUCCGUUUCACAUGUUAAAAACACAGGAGCCCUACAAAAUAAAAGAGUUGGCAACUUUC